AUGUCUGAAUUUGAGAAGUUGAAGAUAGGAUGUCUCAAAAAGGGAGAACUUUUUGAAGAUCCCGACUUUCCUGCAACUCAAGCAUCGGUAUUUUAUCACAAGAACCCGCCAUUUCAGUUCAUCUGGAAAAGACCAAAAGAGCUAUGUUCCAAUCCCCUGUUUCUUCUUGACGGUGCAGGCCAGUUUGACAUAAACCCUGGUAAAUUAGGUGACAGAUGGUUUGUGUCUUGUAUCGGUUGUUUGGCUAUCUCAAGGGGCCUUUUCUAUAGGGUGGUUCCAGCAGACCAGACAUUUCUUCCAGAAGACUACGCCGGGAUAUUUCGGUUUCGGUUAUGGUGGAACGGAGAGUGGCAGGAGGUGAUAGUGGAUGACCGUCUGCCUACAGUGAAUAACAAACUUGUCUUUGUACACUCUCAACAUAGCAACCAAUUCUGGCCAGCUCUGUUAGAAAAAGCCUAUGCAAAGUUACACACAGCCUACGAGGUCUUGAAGUACGGUUGCGCUGCAGAUGGUCUUGCUGAUCUAACAGGCGGGAUUACAGAAACCAUUGACAUCAGACACGAAUCAACUGCUUGUGGACGAAUCCUUUUGAGCCUUUUAAGUAUGACAUCCUUAUUAACUGCCGUUGUACAGCAAGAUACUCAGAGCCUUAAUCAACCAGAGAAACUAGCAAAUGGCAUUCUGCUGACCACAAAUUACCGAGUGAUGUGCUUUGAAAAGCAAGUGGAGACAGUUAACGGAGAACACAUUCAGUUAAUUCGACUGAGAAACCCCCUUGGUGCCACAUCGGAAUACGUCGGAAACUGGUCUCGAGAUUGCUCACAGUGGGACCUCCUAGCGCCACAUGAAAGGACAAGGAUAAAAUACAAAAAUCUUGCGGAAGGAGAAUUCUGGAUGGCAUAUCAAGACUUUGUUAAGACAUUCACCACACUGGAAGUAGUCCACUUGGACGGAGAGACCAGUAAGGACGAGCCCACAUUACGGGGCAAAACACCCUGGCUCAUGAAACUCUGGUACGGAAGGUGGCAACGUGGAGUAUCAGCAGGAGGUUGUAGAAAUCACACAGAUACGUUCCACACAAAUCCACAGCUCCGAUUAAUAUUAUCUGACAACCAGGAAGUGAUAAUUUCGUUAACACAGCAUUCUGCUCUGAAUUCGAAGAUAAUCGGCUUUACCAUUUAUGGCUUGCCAAAGACCAACUCCGAAUUGCUCCCCAAGUCUUUCUUCAAGAGAAACAAGUCCUUGCUUAAUUCUCAGUACAGCAACAGUAGACAGGUUUCAGCGAGACAAGAGUUUCAACAAGGAGGAUACGUUUUGCUUCCAACCUCAUUUGAACCAGGACAGGAAUCAGGGUUUACUGUUCGGGUUUACUCUAAUAAACCCAUCAAACUCAAGCUUAUAGACAACGUUCCAAGUGUUGUGAAGCCAGCUAUCAUGAAGGCUCCGCCUUCUUUUGACAGCAAGGUCAGCUCUUACGAGGUAAUAUUUCAUCAACUUGCAGACGAGCACAAGUCAGUGAAUGUCUUUCAACUUCAAGAACUCCUAGAAACCUGCUUGCCAAAUGAUUACGUGAAGAGCUGUGCUACGCUAGAUGUGUGUCGGCAAGUGAUCCUCGCUCUUGAUAACUCAGGAACUGGAAGACUGGUCUUCUCUGACUAUAAAAAUCUGAUGUGCAGCCUGAAAUACUGGCAGACAACUUUUAAGGCCCAUACAAAAGCAACGACAGGAAUUCUUCGGGCAGAAAACCUUAGAGAUGUUCUUUUUGAUAUUGGGUUUCAACUCAACACGGAAAUAUUGUGUCUCCUGGUCAUUCGUUACAUGAGAAAAGAUGGGACCCUUCGAUUCGGAGAUUUUGUUUCCUGUAUUUUGCACCUUUCAAUAGCUUUUGCCACAUUUGAAAAGAAGGACCCUCUUCAAAAUGGCUACGUAAAAUUUUCGCUAUCAGAGUGGUUGAAGGCGUCUCUUCAGUGCUGA